AUGGCCGACCUGGAACCUAUUGGGUACCAGUUGGUUAUCACCACCUUUGUUUUUGGAUUUGUAGCGCUUUCUACGCUGGUAAUCCGAUUGUGGUUCAGGGCGCGUUAUAGGAAGUACGAUGUUUCCGAUCUCUGCUUGAUAGCCGCUAUGAUAUGCGCCAUCCUCCAGAGUGCCAUUCAACUUAUCCUCGUCUUCAAUUUUGGCUAUGGCAAAGCGAAGGCAGACAUUCCUGCACACAUGCGCAACUCCUUGUGGCCGUCAAAGUUGGCAUACAUCAAUCAGAUGUUGUUCAAACUCACCACGCCAUUAUCCAAACUAUCUCUAUGUUUGUUGUAUCGCCUCAUGUGCUCUAAAUCUACGGACACGGUCAUUAGGAUCACAAGAGUAGCUAUCUGGGGUACAAUUCUACUUAUCGUUGGGGCGUAUGGCUCUGCUCUCCUAAUCACCAUCUUCCAGUUCUUCAACCUUAUCACAUCCGUUAUGGUGAUUACGUUGCCAAUUCCCACCCUUAUAAAGUUCAAGGGCCAUCGUCCCGAAGUAAAACAGCUGCUCGGAUUGAUCCUCCUUGGUCUCGUUCACACAAGCCUAACUAUCGCACGCUUCGUCAUCAUGUUCUACCCCGACCCCCACACCAAGACCGAGCCGCAAUACGCACACAUCAUGUCCAACUGCUUAGCCGUAGUCGAAAUGGAUGUUGGAAUCUGGGUCGCAACACUUGUCGUUAUGCGACCCGCUUUCCAGGCUUUCUAUCGCAUCUUCCACCCGAAUCACAGACCAGAAGGAUCGACCUCCUUGUACUACGGCCGUUCAGGAAGCGAGAAGGGUGGAAAUUCGUAUCAUAUGAGGGACUUCAGUGCGAGAGGGAAAAUGAGGGAAGAUGAGUUUCAUAUCCUGGAGACAACAGAGAUCCAAGUCACGAUUGCAUACCUGGUCUUUGCAUCACCAGCUCACGCCGCUCUUGUAAAAUCUGUUGUCGUGCCCAAUAUAUGGGGAGAAGACGCGCCCGCUAGAAUUGAGCCCGGGAAACGGUCAUGGCCCAACUCCGGAACACCGGAUCUGGAGCAUGUGCUGAGGAAAAGGUGCACCGAGUACGCCAUUGACGACAACGAGGCUCGUGAGCUAUACGACAAGAUCAAACCUGGCACUGAAGAGGACGCCAUACUCGCAUUGUUCCUCACAAAUCUUCCAAAUCUGCAAAAGCUAGAUGUGAACCUUGGGAUAGCCACAGAUAACGUGUUCUUCAUUGCCAUGCUUGAGCGCGUGGCACAACGGGUCAAGCCGUUUGGAAAGAUUCCAUGGGACCCAACUAAACUUCCUGCAGUGGAGACAUUCGGCUCAUUGGAAUCGACCGCCUUUUCGGUUCCUAUUGAUGUAAUGGUCAAAGGAUUCAACGAUAAAUACCCCAACGAUCCCGAAUAUCUGAUGGGCGACAGCGAAUCUCCGCCAGGUUUGAUCAAGGGCCCCUUCGCAAAAUUGAAGCCUCGUUCAUGUGCCGUCGAGUACAUUGAACUCCGAACCUCGAAACUGCACAAAGAUAAUUUGCAAUUCUUGAUGAACGCUACAAUUCCUGGGAAGCUGAAGACAUUCAAUUACGAAAUCGGAUGUACCUGGGCAGGGUGCAACGUUGAACACCCUGCCAUAAUGCAGAGUCUAGAAGCACAUCACAACACGCUGGAAUCUCUGGGCCUUAGCCAUGCAGAUUUCUACCCCUAUCAGUUCGAUAAUGAUCAUGAGAAGCUUUUUCCUGUCUCAUUUACCCAGUUCAAGACACUCAAACACCUCAAAGUGGCCCCGGUGUUCAUCUGGGGCCACACCGGCUUUUCACAACAGGAACUCUGGAUCACAAGAGCGCAUCAGCAGAGCAUAGCAGACGAAGGAGCCGAUGUCGAGUUUGUUCCAAACUGUUUGAUCCCGGCCCUCGAGCAUGUCAUCCAGCGAAAGGUUCAAGUUUUUCCCAACCUUAAGUCCCUCCGUAUCGAAUUCCCACUGCUAGCUUGGAAGAUUCCAUGA